GUACAGCACACUCAUCACACUCUAGGGGAACAUGUCUGACAGAGUGUUUACUCUUCUUCUUAGCCUUACUCUGGCACUUCAAGAUGUAUGCGCUGAAUUUCAGGUGUGGACAUUAUUGCAGUACAACUUCAAAGAUAAUAGCUCGGUCAAUAUCAUAUGCCAACCUGAUGUACAGACGGACUGGAAAAUGGGUGCCCGUCUGUUCAUCAAUGACGAGGACGUGUGUCACUCAGAUAAAAACAAUACAAUAUGUGAGGAGAGAAAACAAGGAAACCAGUUCAUUUUUACACUGAAAAUCACAGCAAAGAACACAAGACUUGUGUAUCAGUGUGAAAUUUACAAGAGAACUCCACUCCCUAUCGUAAAGAGACGGGGAGAAAAAGCUGAGUUGCUCACAGAAUGCUCUGUUCCACGUCUGAUACCUGAGACCCCACCUACAACCACCAGCAACUGCACGGAAGAGGUCCCCGAAUGCCAUCAACCCGAUUUACUCAAUUUACUCACCUUGGCUCUGCUUGGAUUUGUGUUUCUGCUGUGUCUGUACAGUUUGAUUAUGACUGUUGCUUAUAUCAAACUAAGGAUCAAAAUUUCAGACGAUCUGACGAUAACCUACGUUCCAAUGCAGCAAAACGGGAUCAGGCCGAAGAAGAAAGCGAAAGGUCACGGUGCAGACAAGAAUGCAGAAUACAUGGAUAUGCGAGAGGUGCAUCACCACACUCAACCCCUCAGAGACAUGAACCACAACUCUCGCCUGAAUCCUGUAGGCUCUAGUGUCUGAUCCUAUUGUGUUUAUGCAAAUGCCUGUAGAUUUUAAUAAUACAGUAAAGACGACUGUAGCCUACGCGCUUCCAUUUGGUCAAAAAUGGUCAAAACUACCCAAAGUAAUUCAUUCACUGACUACAGUAUUGGCAUGGCAGUGUGAGCAUACUGUGGGUUAAAUCUUUCUAUCAAACAGCAAACAGCUCAAUUUAUUAUUGUGUUGUCUUUUGUUAUGUCAUUUUUUUUUUAUAAAAAGCACAUUUUAUAAAAAUAUUGUUGCUAUACUUUAUGAUUGUAUCUUCGCUAUGUGGCUCUGAAGUUGAUUCUGUUUAAAUAGCAAUGCAAUAUGUUAUAUUUUUAUGUUUUAUAUACAUAAAAAUACAAUGAAUGUGCACGCUGUACUGAUUGUAAUGUCCUCCAGGACAAAGGUAGCUCAGUGGUUAAGGCAUUGGAUUACAGUGCGGAAGUCCCAUGUUCAAACCCCGCCACAACCGAGUUGCCACAUUGAGCAAGGCCCUUAACCCUUAACUGCUUAGGUGUAUAAUGAGAUAAAAAUGUAAGUCACUCUGGAUAUGGGUGUCUGCCACACGGCUCCCUGAGACAACACAAGUAGGAAAGCCUUGAGAAGAACCAGAUUGAAAAGGAAACGCAUCAUCUUCUGGGUAUCAUACUGUACUACUAGCUAAUAUGAAGGUAAUUAGCACUCAGUGGUAUGGAAGGGAUGCUCAGUAAAUGUAUAUUGACUCAGGAUAAGAACGGAAAGUGUCUGAUUACAACAGAAGUUGAUAUUUACCACAAAUGGUAGUUAAUCGCCCCUGCAGUUUGGUAUAUUCAUUAUAAUGUAGUUAAAUGUAGCAUGAUGUAAUGUAUGAUUUGCAAUAAUAG